CGUACCUUUAACGACAUAACAGUUAGUUAAUGCACAACUCAUCUUUAUCAGGUGAUCAUUAUAAACAAGGGCCACACAGGAGGUGGAACACAAGUCUAAUAAAGUCUGAUCUGAAAAACCGAUGAGCUGCAGUCUGUUGUUGAUGAUAGGGAAUCAGAACAGCAGCUUAAAUCAAAGGUUUAUAAAUUUCUCGUCUGUUUCACUUAAUGUGGAGUAAUGAAGAUUCAUGCCUCUCAGCCGUUACUGACCAAGGUCUGAUUCUCUCUUGGUCCAGUCUCCAGUACACCACGCUGAGCCUCUCUAUAUUUACACAGUUGUCCUGUUUAUGAACGGACAUGUUUGGAAGCCUGAUCCUUUCAGAACAAACCCAAUGCCCAGAGUUGAAAAACAGCUUCUGCCUAAACAACUCGUGUAUAAAUCAUGAACUGACUUUAUAUAAUCUAAAACACUUUCUGGAAGUAUUUCAGUUUUGUAACCGUUCUUUCAACUGUGCAUUAAACUUUGAUGCUUUCUAUCAGACCGGGUGCAGCGGUGGAGGAGCCGGACAAGUGCCUACCUGUCAAUGAUAUACUUGAUGUUGUCGUGAACACUCUGGUCGUUCCGUCCUCGGUACGGUUGGAUGUGAAAUGCAACCUGGGAAAGCACAGAGACAGGACUGGCUGGUGGUGCAUGACUUUAUGUGCUCCUGGAAGCGUUAGAAGACAUCAGGCACCUGCUUUCUCUAACUUAGUGACAUUAAGAGAUUUUUAUAAAGCCCUAAAAUGAGGCUUUGAUACUUGUACAGUUGUUUGCGGAUGGCACGCGUCUGGAGGAACUCAUGAUGUUGCUUGGGAUUGUUUUCACCCCAGAUGGUGCCCUGUUAGACACAUUUGGAAUGCUCCCUUAAUGGCUCUGUUAGAAAUGGGGCUUUUGCAAAUGACGAGCGAAAGCAGCAGAGGAACCGGAGACCUGAAGUGACACGCAGACAGGAAAAAAAAAUAUUUUAAGGCAGGGCCAGAGAAUUCAGCGACUAUGAAUAAUGCAUGAUCGGAGUGAAACACUUUUCUUCUGUGGGAGAACACCCGAGGGGAACAAUGUGAAGAAAAAUGGCUUUUUAAGAUGAUCGAGGCCAACGUCAACUUAAUGGAUGCAAGAGGUCGUCAGCUGAGUGAUAUGUGUUGGCUGAACCUGCAACGUGGAACGAGGCAAAACCUGCAUCUAAUCCAGCACUUUCCCUAAAACAGAGCUAAUAACUGUUUGUGUUAACCUUAUAUUUCUACAUGUUGGGGUAUUGGCCAGUUGUCAGGGUUGAACUCCGCUCCCCGUUGACUGCAGCAGGCAGCAGCUCACUGUCAGAUUCUGCUCAUUUAGCAAACACGCCGCCGUUGCUCUAUGGUGAUUUAGCGGUAAACGAGACGGAGUUGACGCAUUUUAAUGCCUUAUAAACGUUGACGGCACACGCCUGGAACGCGGCCAGACAGAUUUAUGCUGCGCAGAGGGGAAUUUAGUGCGGCGUCAUGCAGAAGGCUGUGAGGGAAGGACGCGUGCCAGCAUCGGGCCGGAGGUCCGGACCUUUAGAACAAUUAGAUCAAUUUCAACGAAGCUUUUCAAGAAUAUGGCCAUUAAUCUGUGGUGGAAGCCUGUUAAUGCGCGCGGCGAUAAGAGGGCGCGGAGGCCGGAUCUGGAUCUGCAUCUGGAUCGCCUCGGGCCGCGUUUGAGCCACAUGGUCCAGUUACUACGCGGGCCUUUUACGGCCCCUCGGGCUGCGCUCUGUUCACAGAGGCAGCGCGAGUCACGGGACCCCUGAUGCUCACGUCCCCUCCUGCACCCAGCGUCCACCGAACAGCCCCUGGGCAGAAGGACUAUUUCAGCGUCUGCUCGAGCUGAGGUCGAGCGGCGCCGCUGUGGAGGCUUCGUGCGAUCUCCUCUCCAACUCGGCUGAACACAACUCACAAGCUGUGUGUGGGUGCUGCUUAAAUGCUGCUCAACUUAUAUAAUAAGAGUGGACUGCUUUCUUUAGCGUUAGCCUGAAAAGUCUCUGCCAGUGGGAUAGAUUUGCUUGUGUGCUUGUUUUUUCCCAUUCAUGUGAAUUAUGACUAAUUCUCGUCAGUCGUUGCUGUAUUUACUCUGACAAAACACCAACAUCGUCCGUUUGCACGGCGCAUUAGGGUCGGCUGAUGGGUUAAUCCAGCCAUGAAUAUUAAUUAAUUUCAUAUUCAUGCCCUACUGAGCUACAGAUCGCCAAUGUAAAGACUUGCAGUCCCAGCCUGCCUCUGAUUGCUCUGUCCAGCAGCUGUUCAACAGUGAUCUGCCCACUAAGUCCUCAAAAAGGAGUGCUGCUGCUUUUAAAAACGACCAGGACAAGGGUGGGUUUUACAAAAGAACUGGAGAAAACGGAGAUAAGCCAAAUGUUCCUGUUCUCUAGUUCACUUCGUCUUAUCUCUUCCUCUGCCCUGGCGAGCCAAACCGAGCGGCUCCUGCUUUCGAGCAUUUCUCAGAUUAGCUGUUACCUCCUUUGGUACUAAAAUCAGAUCACAGAUUUGUGUUUCCUGAAUACAGAUCUGAUACAUUUUGGGCAGUUGCGACUGUGGGCCCAUCUGCUCUCCUCACUCGGAUUUCCCUCCCGCCUUCAGUGGAACACACCAAAGAAAUUAUUCAAUGUUGUUGCACUGGGGUUCCAAAUGACUGGAGCCGUAAUUCUUUACCUUGUCAGCAGUUUACUGAAAUUAUGUAAGAAGCACCCAAAGACACAGACCUGCACAGAGCGAGUGGGAAGAGUUCAUCCAGAUGAUCUAGAAGUCCUGGUGCUUCUAUGUUAGCAGGUGGGGUUAGAUCCUCUAAGCGCUUUGAAGACUCAGUAAUGGGCAAAUGUCUUUUGUCACCAGGAUGCUGAGAUGCUCAUUGUUGAUUAACAGGCAGUUUAUCUCCACGCAGCUUUUCAAAAAAGCGUCACGCUCGCGGGCCACUGGCGACAGUGAUGCCUGGCAUUAACUUAAAGCCAUUAGCCCCUUCCCUGACAGCAGUAUAGACGAACGCUCAUCAGCUCGGCGUUGCAUGUCUGAUCCUGCUGUUCUCCGUGCGCCCUCGCAGAGACGUACAUCCUUGCCUUGCCUGGAGCCGUACGGCAUUAUAAAUAAAUGUGAUAUCACAUCUGACAGGCCGGCCUGACAAACCUAAUGCCUCUCAUCAAAGCUGUUUACAGUGAUAAGGCUAAUAUGUGCUGCAGCACUGCUGGAGAAGAGGCCGUCGUCACAUCAGGACAUAAACGCAGGAAUUAUAAUUAUUAUAAUGGAUGUGAUUCAAUCACUCAUACAGUCUCACAGUGAUUAACCUUGGUGGUAUAUCUGUGUGUGUGUAUUUACUUCUUAUAACCUAUAAUGGUUCUUAUAGCCUAUAACCCCGACACGUUUGCACAGCCUUCAGCUGCUCAGCGGUCUGUUGCGUCAUGCAUUUGGAUUCUGCACCUUUUGCUGAUGACCCGACAGCCAGCUGAAACUUUGACGCCUCUGACAGCAGAACAUGCUUGUGCUGUUUUCUGGCGUGAGCUGAGUUGCUGCACGGGUUUCUAUCAGCAGCAUUUCCACAACUUCACAGUUACACACUGAGACUUCCCCUCACUGAUUCUCAUUAUAUAAACAAAUAUAGAUUCAAUAAAAUAAGAUUUCUCAUAUCAGAUUUUUUUCUGCAGUAUUUUCAUUUUUUAUAUAAUGUUUUUUAUUUUAUAUUUUUUCUCAACUGUAUUUAGGAAACUACAGAAUUGUUGUUUAUUUGCACUAAUGCGUGACCAUAGAAUGUUACUCUGCUCCAGCCCUCUUAUAUGCUUUACUGUCGGUGCAUUAUUAAUGGCAUAAGGAAGCAGUAACACAGAAAACUGUAAUGAGUCAGUCUCUCAUGCUUUUAAAUGUCACUGUCUAUUAAGAAAACCAGUUAAAGGUGCUGUCAUGUUUUUGUACUGUACAUUUCUAUCUUUCAUAUCCUCCAUUACUUUUCUUGUCUAUAUCUGCAGAGCGUCUGACGGGAGCUGUGGCACAUUCCGACCAGUAAAAGUUUAAUAGGAUCUUACUACAGUGACAAGGGGCAGAGCAACCAACAUGGAGGGUUCCCCGUUGUCAUCGGCCAGGCCAGGAGGAUACCAAGACAGAAUCAAGACUCCUGGAGGCAAGAGAAGAGCGUCAUCAUCCAUCCUGGACCACAGACACAGGCUCAUACUUCAUCCUGUACCCUGAUAAUGCAAUAGUACGAAUCUCCUACUGAGAACUAAAGUUCAAAAGGUUCUGUGCAGAGCCUCGUCUGUAUCUGACCGCAGGCAGACGCCCGGUGUCGAGCUGCAGGAGCGAGGCUUUCCGGUGAUGUCAGAAGGAUUUCUGAGCCUCUGGCCAAGAAGCUGCAGCCCAGCUCUGUGGUCGGUGCCAAAACCGUUUUUGACAUGAAACAAUGUUUACGUUUGAGCGUUCUGCGACGCCGCAAGGGGUCGGUGUGGUGGUGAGACGACGAGUCACCUCAAACAUCAGUCGGGGCGCGUUUACGGCGCUUUGGGGGUGGAGCUGCAGCUUCCAUUCAUAAAAAAUACUCAAUGGUUACGAAUAUUUAGUCUGAAAUCCACAGAGAAUUCAGUAAUUCAAAUAACCAUUUUUCUUUCAUGUUACAUUAACUAUUUAAUAUAUAUGUGUAUUUUUAAUUAGCUUUAAAAGCAGAUUAUUUAUUCUACAAAUGGUCCUAAUUUACUUUUAUAUCUUAUUCAUAUUUACUAUUUCGUGUCAGCUGUAAAAAGGCCACCUGCAUUUCCAAGUUUUUAACUUUUCUAAUAAAUUAAUUUUUAAAUGUAUUUUCUAUUAGUUUCGAUUCCUUACAAUAUAAAACAACAUAUUUAUUCUAUCGGCCUUAAACUCUUUCGCUUUGCAUCGCUUGAAUCAUUACUUUUCCCCGUCUUUGACUCAUCCAUCACUCCACAAGGACACGAGUCAACAUCCUAACAUGAUGUGAUCAAUCACUAUCGAUCCGCGCGUUCGCUUGAACAGCUUGGCUUGGCUUCGUGUUGUCACCUUGUUCUGGGGCCGCUUUCACAAACACGCUUUUACUCCCAGUUGUUGGAGUCCGCUGGUUUUCCUGCACUUUAACCCAUCACCUCGCUGGUUUCACUGGAGUGCACGCAUCCUGUGCUGUGCAGGGCCAGGCCGGUGCGUCCCUUUCUUUAGAAACCACAAAGAAACACACAGACUAGUGUUAUCAAAAAGUAACAAUUUAACUAUUUAUUAUCAAUCAAACGCUUUGCAAUUUACGCAUUUCUAAUUUCAAUGUUUAUAAUAAGACUAUUAUAAAGCUUUUAUUAUCGACGUUUGUCGCUCCCCACGUUUGGGCCCUUCCGUCACACAAAAUGCAGUCUAUCCUUGGGGACUGUACUUGCGAAUCACGUGGACGUGACCUAGAGUGAUGGGGGGUUUGUACGCCGACGUGAGCUGGUCAUUUGCACCGACCACCCGAGCUGACCACUACGGGGGAGCGACCGACAGAGAGACGCCGCAGCGGCCGUGAAUCCACUGACCCACGAACAUGGCAGAAGGUACGCUGGGAGCUGUUGGGGAGGUUUCUUUGGGGAUGGUUUAAGUGGCUUCUGGAGGGGCAGGGUUUCCUCGCAUUGUUUUGGAGGGUUUUUUUAGGGGGGGGGGGUCGUGAGCAAAAAGUGACCCCCCACCCCUCAUUGUUUAGGGGGAAUAGGUUGCCAGCCCCCUUUUGUUUACCUCCCUCUCCUGCUGUCCCUCUCACCGCGCAGCUUCUGCUUUUCAAAGCAUUUUGCAUGAAAGUGGCGAUCUGUGAGGAUUACGCAGCUUGAGGGGAAGAGGGACACUGCAGCUCGGCCGCUAAUUUUGACUCAAGGUUCAACCGAACUGAAGACAUGGGCUCCGUUUCUAACCAGGAUUUCCCAGGAGUGUGUAAGACCGAGGAGGACGAAGGGCCGAGCACCGAGGAGUCCCCGUCCUUCCACGGGGUCGGCGUGUGUAAGUGGUUCAACGUGCGCAUGGGCUUCGGGUUCCUGUCCAUGACCAACCGGGAGGGAGUCCCGCUGGACGAACCGGUCGACGUAUUCGUCCACCAGAGUAAACUGCACAUGGAAGGCUUCCGGAGCCUGAAGGAGGGCGAGGCAGUGGAAUUCACCUUCAAGAAGUCGUCAAAGGGCCUGGAGUCGCAGCGGGUUACAGGACCGGGCGGCGUCCACUGCGUGGGCAGUGAGAGGAGACCCAAAGGCAAGAAGGUGCAGAAGAGACGCUCAAAAGGAGACAGGUGCUACAACUGCGGAGGUCUGGACCAUCACGCCAAAGAGUGCAAGUUGCCGCCCCAGCCCAAAAAGUGCCAUUUCUGCCAGAGCAUCGAGCACAUGGUCGCCAACUGCCCCGUCAAAGCACAACAGUCCUCGCCGGGUUCUCAGGGAAAGCCGUCCUCCGUGAAAGGAGACGAGGAGGAGCACAGCCACGGCGCACUGCCCCCCAAGGCCUCCGAUUAACCGAGGAGGUGGGGGGGUGGGGGGCCACGGCGACGCCAGCCAAGCACAGAGGCCAAUCAUACUGCUUUGACGGAGGGACGGGCCACACAAUCCCCUUCCACCUGUUAAAGCUGCCUUUGGAACGAGCUCAGGUGAAAAUUUCUCAUGACGAAUGUUGCUCACGGUUUUUUCUUUUUGUUAGUCUUUUUUUUUUUGAUUUGAAGCAAUACUCAGGAAUACUGCUGUAUUAUUGCACUCAGGACGCUUUCUAUAUGUGAAUCACUGCUGUUGAGGGGCUUGGGACGGUCGUGAGCGACGCCAUAUGUUGGAUUAUCUUAUUAGGUUUUUGUAGAAUCAGCAUUCUCUUGUGUGUGUGGACCUGUAGACCUCAGUUUUUGGAACAGUUUAUCAAGUACAGAACUACAAUUUCCUGCCUUACUGUUCAGACUCUUCCUGCUCCUCCCCGGCUGACAAGGCAGAGACGUGGCCGCGCCCCUGAGGGAGAAUGAGAGUUCGUUUACAUAUCAAACAGGGGUGGGUUCAUCUGGGGCAGGUUUUAGGGUAUAGCUUUAGGCAAUGUAUUGGCUUAUGCUGAUGUUGCAGUUGACCAUCCAGUUUCCUGGGGCCAAAUGAAUGUUAGACCAGAAGCAGAAGCCAGGUUCUGGUCAGAGUUCUUUGUUUUUUUGUCAUUUUAUUAUUGUUACAUUCAGUGUGUUGCUGGCCGCAUAAAGGUACACGGUCUACCUCAUUGAUGCAUGUUUAGUCUGUCGAAUUGAAUACAGCCGUGAUACAGAUUUGGAGAAUGUAUUUUGAACAGAGAUUAACAUUUUUAGUUCUAAUAAUCUAAAUAAGAACUUGACACUGGGUUUUACGCAGCAGGAUAAUGCAGAUUGUUAGACUGGCUCCUUGAAGCAGCCUAAAAACCUGGAGAGCAGCAAAACUGUCGAGCCAGGUGUCAAGUUCCUCUGGAAUCAGCUCUCCAUUUUCCGUGUGGUUUGAGUUUAUUAGCUGCUGUGUGACAAACGUCUGCUUCACAAUAACCUCAACGUGGAUUUAAUAGAAUUCCAACAAAUGUUAAACCAAUGCAUUUCCAUGACAUAAGAUACUUGAUCUGGACUGAGUUACUGAGGGGUCCGGCUAGCUCUCCUCUUAAUACUUGAAUUAAAUGAGGCAGAAUCAGACAUGAUGUUGCCAGUGGGAAGGCUGGUGUUUUUAUUUUAUUUUAUCUAGUAUGAUCCAUUUCUAGGUAGUUUAUUUAAGACAUUACCUCCCUAUGACCCUUAGUAGGGUAAUAGUUCAGGAACACCAAGCCUGCGAGGAGGAGUACGUAGGACUAGCUAGCUCAGCAUUUUACUCCCGUUUUACAGGAGAAGCUGAUGAGACUUUUACACCCAAUUAAUAUAUAUGUAAAAUUAUUCUAAAAGCCUUUAAGAAUCAAACUACUUAUUUAUUUUCAUCAAAGAGUGCUGCAGUUCCUCCUUCUGCUCUUUGUUGAAGCCUCUCAGCAAUGAAUGUUCAACUAGACACCAGACACUCAGGACUCCAUUCAGUCAUAUAAGUUGAUAUAUGAGUCAAAUAAAUUAGGUAACAUCGAGUCGCUCGUAUCACUUAUGUACAUAUGUGCUUGAAAGAUCAUUGUCCUUAAUAAUCCAAUGCAGUACGACUAUAAUAUUACAGUAAUAUAUUGCAUCAUCAGAGAGAGACAGCAUACAGUACAUAGUGUACAGGUACAUAGUAUUAUGAGGACUGACGUUAACAGAUUCUUUUAUUUCUUUUGCCUUGUAUGAUUUUUUUAUAUAUUUUUGUACUAAAUGAGCCUUUCAGAAAAGAGGCUUAUUGUUAUUAUUCCUAUCUAUGCCAAAACCAAUGCAAUGUUACUCUGCACUAAUCAUGUGUACGAUGCAUUAACAUCUUUUAUAUUUAGUUAAAUUCGUUUUUAAUAUGUUCCAUAUGUUAUAUGUUAUAUUUUUUUAGAUUUCCUUAUACUACACACAGUCAUUUGCAGGUUUAAAAAAACUCCUCUGGGCUCAACUCAGGAACUGCCGAUCUGGAAUCUCAGGGAAUACUUCAGAUUGAUUGGAAGGAGUCGAGGAGUGUUGACUAAAGAAAGAAAGUAGGGAAUGAACACUCAUCUGCGUGAUGUGACCCAUAUGAGUAGGGAGCCAAAGUAAAAGUUGGCUUCACAGGCAACACAAUACGAAGAUUGCUGUCAAGAAGCAACGAUUGCAAACGGUGCCAAACAGUUAAGACUGGUAUUUACCAGCUUUUGUGACUCAACUUUACAUGCACCCAGUAUGCUAAUGUUUAUAUUUUCUUCUCUUCAACAUAACGUGCCAUGAUAUCAAAAAUGUUCCACUAAUAUUGUAUUGUUCCUCUAUAAUCGUUGUAGAUGGGGAUGUAGUAGAAUGUUGUUAAAGGGACUGGGGCUAGUAGUGUAUAAUCUGGGGUAGUCUCAUCUCAGUUCAUGGCUGAUACUUAGUGUCCCAGACUAUCAGUGCUUAUGACAAAAAGAAUGUGUCACGGAUUAUGUAAUACUCAAACAGGCGGUGUCUAUAUACAUUUUCCAAGUUCAAAGUUUACAUAUGCAAACACUGUUUUGAUAGAAACCUCUCAGGAUAUGAAAGGACACACAGGUUGUUAAUGUAAGAACUCUGAUUAGGUGGAAUGGUUUACGUCUCUUUGCAUUUUUGGGUUGAAUGUACCACUUGUGACUGCAGUGCCAGUAAAUCCUUUCACCUGAACACUCAACUGAACAGGGACACACGCAGGUUGACUUUUGAUCAAUUUGUGCAACCAGGAUUUUUACCAUUCCUGAAAAACACUAAAUACCUCAUGUGUCAAACCUUUAUAAGUGAUUGUAACACAAUUUUUAGGGUUGAAGAAACGUGUUUGGAGUAUUUUUUGGUGAUCCAUGUCCAUGACAGAUGGUCUGGUUGCAACAAACCUGUUUGACCCCUCAGUGGUGUGUUAUUGUUAUAUGUCAGGUGUUAGAUGGGUUAGAUAUACUUUUGCAAAUCAAAAGACGUGUGACAUUUGAAGUACAUUAAAGCGUUCGCUAUCACAAUGUGCUUUAUGUGACCCUUCUCGUGGUACAUCUUGUUUGUGACCAUCAGCCAUUUAAUUUGUGAUGUUUUUAUCUUAUCUGGUUAAUGGCUAGAGCUGUUUCCAAAAGAAUGUGCAUUUAUUACUGAUGAAUGUAUGAAUGUUUACUGCCACAAAACUACAAUUAUCUUGAUCUCAGACAAUUUGAUGGUUAGUUUGUCGAUUUUGAGCAGCAUGUAGGCCUUUCAAAGUAUUAUUGUGAUAAUGUUUCUAUAUGUAAAUCUGCUCCAUUUCCUAAUAAAUAUAUUAAUAGCGA